AUGCAUGGCAUUGCCCUUUAAUGCCAUCGGGGCCAGCAUAGAGCCAUAUUUAUUGCUAUAUAUAGUAAUCCACUGCAUCAAGGUUCUCGGGCAAGGAGAGUUACCGGCCAUGGCCGCCGUCCCCAUGCUGCUGCUAAAGGUCUCUGCUCAAGUGCGCUUCACGUGCUGCAGGGUUGUCCGGAAGCUGGAGAGCUACGGCUUCAGGAACUGCUCCAAAUUGCAUCACGUCGAUCGUCAUUCCCUUUCCCCCACCGCGGCCGGCGGCGGCUCUUCGCAUGGAGGAGACGGCCAAGCCCUGGUGUGUGACUUCGAGGGCGCCUUGCUGAGCACCUCAUGCACCUUCCCUUACUUCAUGCUCGUGGCUUUCGAGGGCGGCGGCCCGCUGCGAGCCCUCCUCUUGCUCCUCCUCUGGCCUCUUCUGUGGGCCUUGUCGCGCGUCCGCAGGGAGAGCACGAUGCGGGCCAUGGCCUUUGUCACCUUCUGCGGGCUCAGCGCCGGAGCCGUCGAUCUGGUGCGCAGGGCCGUACUCUCCAAGUUUUACCUGGAGAACCUGCGGCUCCAGCCAUGCGAGAUGCUCGCGGCCUGCACGGGGCGGCGGGUGGUGGUCACCGCCAUGCCGAGGCCCAUGGUGGAAGGCUUCCUGAGGGAGUAUUUGGGCGUCAGCGAAGUGGUUGCGCCGGAGCUCCAGGUGGCGGAGGGCCGCAGCCGCUUCACCGGCUUCCUCUCUGUUUUUUCAAGGCAGAAGGCUCUCGAAGAGCUAUUCCGGGAGAGCAAGGCUGACGUAGCGGUUCUGAGCCCCUGCAACUCUCAUGAUCACCUGCUCGCCACCUUCUCCAAGGAGAUUUAUGUUGUGAACGAGGAAGGAGCGGCGACGGCGUUGCCGAGGGACAAGUACACGAAGCCUCUGGUUUUCCACGACGGCAGGCUCGCUUUCUUCCCCACGCCCUGCGCCACCCUCGCGUUCUUCCUCUGGGUGCCGAUUGCGGUCCCGCUGGCCAUAUCUAGGAUCUUGAUCGGGACCGUGUUGCCGUACGACCUCGCGUUACUCGUCGGCGCCUCGGCCGGCAUCCGUUUCCGCCUCGGCGGGCAGCUGCCGGCGGCACGGAAGGGCGUUCUCUUCGCCUGCAACCACCGGACGCUGCUCGACCCCGUGGUGCUCUCGGCGGCGCUGCGGCGGCCGGUGCCGGCGGUGACGUACGGCCUCAGCCGCGUGUCGGAGAUGAUCGCGCCGGUGCGGACGGUGCGGCUGGCUCGCGACCGGGUCCGGGACGCGGCGACGAUCCGGCGGAUGCUGGCGAAGGGGGAGCUGGCGAUGUGCCCGGAGGGGACCACCUGCCGGGAGCCGUAUCUGCUGCGUUUCAGCCCGCUGUUCGCGGAGGUGGCCGACGACAUCGUUCCGGUGGCGGUGGAGACCCGGGUGGGGACGCUGCACGGCACCACGGCCAGCGGGAGGAAGUGGUUCGAUCCGGUCUCAUUCCUAAUGGACCCCGCGCCGGUUUACGAGAUACACGUGCUGACGCCCAUGCUCCCCGCCGGCGGGAGGAGCCCUGCUGAGGUGGCGAACGCGGUGCAGAGGCGCAUAGCAGAGGUGCUGGGGUUCGAGUGCACUGGGCUCACGCGGCGAGAGAAGUACCUGUUGCUAGCCGGAAACGACGGGGGUGACGGCCGGCGGUGAAGGCGAGAAACCUUAAUUAGUAAUUAGUAUAAGAAAUCGCAAUAUAAUGUUGUAAUGGGAAGCAUCAGGCCAAAGUACCUGCCUUAGAAAUGGAAUGUUUUUUUUACCUAUGCAAUAUCUAUGAAAGGGAUCGGCGUAUUUAC